AAAAAACGUCAUUUCGGCCAACACAGUAAAAAUGGCUACCUCGGCCACUACUGCUCCUGUCGGAGUGCAGCAGAUUCAGGCUGUUUUCAUGAAAAGCAGCGUUGUUGUGAAAUCAAUUUGUGGUGUGAUCAUUUUUCUAUAUUUCAUAUCGUUCCUGGUUAACAAUGACAAGUAUUUGGAAGCUCUUGCAGUAACUCCAGGCCUCAUAUUUCCACCAAGUUUUCGCGUCUGGACGUUGUUUACACACCCGUUUAUUGAAGUGCAUUUGUGGCUUGUUCUCCACGACGUGGCUCUUGUGUUAUUAUGUGGCAGACUCAUCGAACCUCUGUGGAGUGCACUAGAAAUGUUGAUUUUCUUCGCUAUUGUAACAGUUGGUUCAGCGAUCAUAACUUCAUUUCUUUAUUUGUUUAUGUACCUAUCAACUGUAAAUAUUACAUACCUUUUUGAUACACACAUAUUUGGACUCGCUGGUUAUGCAGGAGCAGUGACCAUCGCUCUCAAACAGUCGAUGGGAGAUGGGGAAUUGCCUCCCAAAGUGGCAAGAUUGAGAGUGCACCAUCUUCCAGUUUUGCUCCUUGUAUCAUCGUUUUUGCUUCGGUUUAUAGGAAUAGUACCACCCACACAUCCGUUCAUGAUAUUAACAGGUAUGUUGACAGGAUGGGUGUAUCUUCGGUUCUACCAGCGACAAACAGAUGGAAGCAGAGGAGACAUGGCCGACACUUUUUCAUUUGCAAGCUUCUUCCCAGAGGUUAUUCGACCAUUUGUUGCUAUAUUAGCAAACACGGUUCACAGUGUGCUAGUAAAGAUCAAGGUGUGUAAGAAGCAAAUAAGGAAAUAUGAUGUUGGUGCACCAUCUCCAAUCACAAUUAGUCUACCCGGUACAGACCCUGCAGAUGCUGAAAGAAGAAGGCAAAUAGCUCUGAAGGCCUUGAACGAACGACUGAGUAAGGUUGAGGAACAGACGGCAUGGCCUAGCAUGGAUGACCAGCUUUCUUCUACAGACCCGGCUUCCCCAGCACCUUCAAGCGUCUCCCUCAUGAGUGAUGCCAACCCUAAGGAUAGUGUAGAGAUCAACCUGGAUGAUCCAAGAUCCAGCGGGAUCGCCUAGCAUUGAGGCCGGGAGGCAGUAGGGUUGGAGAGUUGUAUUUUUUUUGGUAUAAGGAAUAGAGCAGAGAAGAUGGUGGUCGCGAGUCUCCGAUAUCUUAGCACGGAACCUUGAACCUUUAAAAGGUACAGCCUUAGAGGUCAAUUACAUUGACAAAUUGAUUUGCUACCUUCAGUUUUAUGGUCUCUACAUGAAACUGUUAAUAAAUUUAAAGGAAACUCCUCAAAAGAUAAUGAGUUUAUUGCUGUACAUGGAAGAGAUAAAGGUGGUUUGAUUCUUUGCUCAUUGUUGGCCAAGUCAGAUAAUUCAUUUAUGUAUUAGUAUGUGAUUGAUAGGCUUCAAAGUGCAUCAUUUCUUGGUGUUUUUUUUUUCAUAGGGAAAUUGCAAGAGAGGGAUCUGAUAGCUUGAGGGAAUUUCACCAUUACAAUGUAGCUUGUUUAUUACUUGUUUUGUACAUCUAAACUGAAUUAACAUUUAUUCUGGAAAUGUGUAAAUUUUUCAUAUAUAGCAAAGAGCUCUGCAAAUAGAGGUAUUUAUGCUCAAUAAACCCAGAAAUGUAUUAAAAGAAUCAUUCUUUGUUAGUGGUGCAUGUAGCUAUAAAAUGGUCAACCUGUGUCUUGAGUUAUGUAUGUUAUAGUACCAGAAUCUAUAUACAUGUAACAGGUACCUUGUAUUUGAUCUCAGUACAUACAAAUAUAUAGGUGGACUAACCUGUCUUUAUUCAUCAAUCAAGCUUCCUCUAUGAAAAUACAAGAAAUGUUUAAUGGUAACUGCUUCUGCAAAACUGUAUGUUUUGUUUCUUUCUAUUAUGACCACGGUGUGAUGUGAUAUUGGAGUUAGUAGAGGUCUAAUGGGCAUGACAAUUGUGAUUUUGUAGUUCCUGAAAUGCACUUGUUAUUGUGUAUGUACAUGUAUGUGAAGUUAUUAUUUAUGAUGGAAUAUAACCAAUUGUGAUCAUUCAGCUGCCCAAUUUGGAUCAAUAGUAGGGCAAUUAAUGAAAGUUAUUUUGCUUUGAUAAUCUACUGGUUAAUUUUUUUAAAGGUAUGUGAAUAUAAUGAAUGGAAAAAUCACCCAGUAUUACCCCUAACAUAUGUCUUCAUCAUAAAGAGCAGAACACGCUCUUGCAACAGUGAUAUUGAGUGAAUGUAUGAAAAAUCAUAUAAACAAUGCACCUGUAAUUCAGUGUUCGGUGUGUCUUUUGACAUUUUUCCAGCAGACACAUCUCAUUUUCCACAAAAUUUAUGUGAAUAUAAUUAAUGGAAGCAGUGAAAAAAUACACGGGGGCUCGGGGCGAAAUAGCCCCCAAAAUGCCCAAAAGAGCCCCAGAAAAUCGGAAUAGAGCCUCCGUAAAAAUUUGCAUAGAGUUCAAUGUAUAACAAAUUUUAGAAUGUUAUUUUCAUGCAGGCAAGCUUGAAAAGUAGCCCCCGAAAAAUAAAUAUUAAUUUUUUCCCUGAUUGGAAGAAUCGCCCUGUAUUACCCCUAUCACAUGUCUUCAUCAUAAAGAGCAGAACACGCUCUUGCAACAGUAAUAUUGAGUGAUGAAAUGUACAGAAUGUAUGAAAAAUCAUAUAAACAACGCACCUGUAACUCGGUGUGCAGUGUGUCUUUUGACGCUCUUCCAGCAGUUACAUCUCAUUUUUCACAAAAUUUAUGUAAAUCUUAUUCCAGUUUGCCCUGUCCAAUACACCAAUGAAAUUAUUUAAAAGUGCCAUUGAACAUCAUUUGUUCCUCCUAUUGUAUUACUUAUUUAUAAUACGUUUCUCAGUUAUGUAUUCUGUUCUUGUUAUGAAAUUUUAAUCAUACCGGUAGAUUACGAAUACCCUCCUUUUUUUUGUGUGUAAAUGUAUGCAUUUUGUCGUAUUUUGUUGUAAUAGUAUUGAACAUGUAAUGAAUUAUUAUUCUUAUACUCCACACCAUCCACUCUCAAGAUAUAAUUACUAUACAUGAAAAACAAAAUAUCUCUUGGGGUAUAAACAAAAACAUACUUGACACAAGUGUCUCUCUCUUCACUGAUAGAAUUUAAUGAUUGAAGAAGUGCUUCUACUACAUUAUGACAUGAUUAUAUAUGUAUACAGUUAAAAACUAAAUUAUUCAUACCCUUACCAAGUUUUGUAAUUUUUUAAGUAUGUCAAAAAUUGAUUUGUCCCAAUUUGUAUUUCUUGAAAAUGUGAAAUAUCAAAGCUUCUAAAAUUAUUCAAUAAAGGCCCUAAUUCAAUCAGUCCACCUUUCAUUCUUAAAUUACAAGUAUACAAAAAACAUCAAACUUACAAGGGGUAUCAAUAAUUUAGUUGUUAACUGUAUGUCAUUGUAGAGCAACAGCAAGUUAAUAGUUUGAUGUUCAUGUUAGUCCCUUUUUCUUUUAAGUGUAUGCAAAGAACAAUAAAUGUGUAAUUCACGCAAGUGUGCUGUAGAAUGCAUCAUAUGCAAUCUAUAAAAGUUUAUUUUGGGAAGAAACAAUGCGUUAAAUAGAAGACUACUGCUUGGUAGAAAGAGCAUGAGCAUAUAAACAUGGAACUGAGUUUUAUAUCAAGUCACAGUAGAUGUAAAAACUUUGAAUAGAUGGCGAGAUCAUGUUUGAUGAGGCAGUCAGUUACCAAAUACAUGUAUAUGAGUCUUCACUCUUCACAUGGCUGAAAUUAAAAGCGCUUUGUAAUUGUUUGUGCUUAUUAUGUCUGCAUAUCAAUAUAUUAUGGUACUCCACUAACAUAGAAUUCUAUUCAAGUUUAGUAAUAUACCAAGUCAAUCAUCCGAUUUGUCAUAAUAGGUUGUAAAUUUUCCUGAUUACUCUUGAUAAUGAUAAUGAUUGAAAUAAAGCAUUAAUAAAAAUCAAGAUUAAA